GUGUGCCUUGUGCAAGCUCUCUCUAUCCUGCUCCUCCUACCUAGCUGCACAAUCCUUCUCUCAUCCUCCUUUUCCCCCGUCCAUAUCACCCAAUUCUCGCCCCUCAUGCCCGGCGUCGACAGGAAACUCAAGACCUUGUAUGACAAGGUCCUGGAUCACCACAUUGUCAACGAGCAGGAAGAUGGCACUCUCCUGAUUUACAUCGACAGACACCUUGUCCACGAAGUGACGUCCCCACAGGCCUUCGAGGGUCUCGAGAACACCGGUCGUCAAGUCCGCCGGCCGGACUGCACCUUGGUGACCGUUGACCACAACAUCCCCACCUCCUCCCGAAAAAACUUCAAGAAUGUCGAAGAGUUCAUUCAAGAAAACGACUCGCGUCUCCAAGUCACCACCCUCGAGGAAAAUGUGAAGAAGUUCGGCCUCACCUACUUCGGGAUGGGCGACAAGCGCCAAGGUAUCGUGCACAUCAUCGGACCCGAGCAGGGCUUCACUCUGCCCGGCACGACCGUCGUCUGUGGUGACAGCCACACCUCCACCCAUGGAGCCUUCGGUUCUCUGGCCUUCGGUAUCGGAACCAGCGAGGUCGAGCACGUGCUCGCCACACAGACCCUCAUCACCCGCCGCAGCAAGAACAUGCGCAUCCAGGUCGACGGGGAGCUCCCGGCGGGCGUCACCAGCAAGGACGUCGUCCUCCACAUCAUCGGACUGAUCGGUACGGCCGGAGGUACUGGAGCCGUGAUCGAGUUCUGUGGGUCCGUCAUCCGCGGCCUGAGCAUGGAGGCCCGGAUGUCUAUGUGCAACAUGUCCAUUGAGGGCGGUGCUCGUGCUGGCAUGAUCGCCCCCGACGAGGUGACCUUCGAAUACCUCAAGGGCCGACCCUUGGCGCCCAAGUACGACAGCGCCGAGUGGAAGAAGGCCGUCAGCUUCUGGAAGAGCCUCGCCUCCGACGAGGGCGCCCACUACGACAAGACCAUCCUUAUCGACGGCAAGGACAUCAUCCCCACCAUCUCCUGGGGUACCUCCCCGCAGGACGUCAUCCCCAUCACCGGCGUCGUGCCCAGCCCCAACGACUUCCAGGACGAUGCCCGCAAGCUGGCCUGCAAGCGCGCCCUCGAGUACAUGGGACUGACCUCCGGCACGCCCAUGAAGGACAUCGAGGUCGACAAGGUCUUCAUUGGCUCCUGCACCAACGCCCGGAUCGAGGAUCUCCGCGCGGCCGCCAAAGUCGUCCGCGGCAAGAAGAUCGCCUCCAACAUCAAGCGCGCCAUGGUUGUGCCCGGAUCUGGACUGGUCAAGCAGCAGGCCGAGUCGGAGGGACUCGACAAGAUCUUCGUGGACGCUGGGUUUGAGUGGCGCGAGGCCGGUUGCUCCAUGUGCCUGGGCAUGAACCCCGACAUUCUCUCCCCGCAAGAGCGCUGCGCGAGUACCUCGAACCGCAACUUUGAGGGCCGUCAGGGCGCCGGCGGCCGGACGCACUUGAUGUCGCCGGCCAUGGCUGCCGCAGCCGCCAUCGUGGGUAAGCUGGCGGACGUGCGCGAGCACCUGGUAUCCAGCCCGGUGCUCAGCAAGGCGCACACGGUGGUCAACGUCGAGCCGCAGCACGAGGAACCCAGCUCGGAAAGCGAACAGGAGCGCAUCAACGACCAACCGGCAGACAACGAGCCGCACACCAACACUAUCGCUAGCAGCACCAGCGGCGGCGGCUCCAGCUCCGCGGGACUCCCUAAGUUCACGACGCUGAAGGGCAUCGCCGCGCCAAUGGACCGGUCCAACGUGGACACAGACGCAAUCAUUCCCAAGCAGUUCCUCAAGACGAUCAAACGCACAGGACUUGGCAGCGCACUAUUCUACGAGCUGCGCUACAAGGACGGGGCGGAGAUCCCAUCAUUCGUACUCAACCAGGAACCGUACCGCAACGCCAAGAUCUUGGUCGUGACGGGGCCGAAUUUCGGAUGCGGCAGUUCGCGCGAGCACGCGCCAUGGGCGCUGCUGGACUUCGGGAUCAAGUGCGUGAUCGCGCCGUCGUUUGCGGACAUCUUCUUCAACAACACGUUCAAGAACGGCAUGCUGCCCGUAGUGAUCUCCGAUGAGGCGGCGCUGGCCAAGAUCGCCGCCGAGGCCUCGGCCGGCCGCGAGAUCGAGGUCGACCUCGUCAACCAGCAGGUCAAGGACGCUCAGGGCACCGUGCUGGCGGGUUUCGAUGUUGACACCUUCCGCCGCCACUGCCUGGUCAACGGCCUCGACGACAUCGGCUUGACCCUGCAGAUGGAGGAUAAGAUCCAGGCCUUCGAGCGUCAGCGCUCACAAAACACCCCCUGGCUCGACGGCAGCGGCUACCUGAAGCGCGGUAAGCGCGCUGACGGCUCCACCAUGAUCCACGCCGCCCCUGUCCCCAAGACGAACCGCGGUGAUGUUAAAGCUGAGCCUUUGGAGUGGUAGGAGGCGAGAUGAGAGACGAGAUUGCAAAAGCCUGCAGCUAAUUUCGGUUUUGAUUGGUAUCGCUCGCUCCAUACCCCCUCGGCCCCCUUCCCGGCCUUUUGAGCAUUCGAUCCUCACUUUUGAUACAUGUUUUUUUUGAUACGACAAUACCAUAAUGAAGCUUUCUCUUUUUUUUUCUCCCCCUUUCUCUUUUCUACAUUUUUUCGGAAUUCUUUUGGUCAAUGCAAAAGAAAACAGCUAUAUAUCACUGCUUCUCGGGCUUCUGAUUUCGGCAUCAAUUUGGUAGAUGGCGUGGGGAAAG